AGAAGCGGAGAAUGAGGAUCGCCAAGUAAAGGAAUAAGGUGGGAGAGAACCUGCUAGAUCAGAAGAGCAGCAAAGGGCAGGGGGUGUGAAGUUUCAGAUGCAGAACUCGCAAGAACUUACUACAUUGCAUUGCCCAAGAAGUUCAUAAUGCUUGCCGCUAAAGCUAAGAAAAAGUAUUAGCUUGUAGCCAUGAGAAGAAGUUAGAUUGUCUAUUAGCAUUCUUCAGAGAUAGAAGACGACGUACAGGAACUAAAGUCCAUCAUUCUCCAGGUUAGAAGUUCAUAUAGCACGUUGAUUAUGGUUUCUUAUAAUAUUUAGCCAGAUCUGUAGAAUUCAUGGGCACAAGAAGAGCCGUCAGCAGCUGUGACAUGGACAGGUGGCCGUGAACAUCGAGUAACCCCACUCACAGGAUGGAGCAUACACUCCUGCCACCAGCUCUCCUGAGUCUAGAUGCUCUACUGGACCUCCUGCUCUGCGUGUGUCACGAGUUGGUCACAUCGCCAUUGGUCAGUGAGACCCAUAUAGCAGAUUUUCUACACUGGGCUGAGCCAUUAGUCCAGAACAUACGGGAGCAGAGGAUGAAAAGAAGUGACUUUGACAUCAUUAAAGUGAUUGGACAGGGAGCAUUCAGUGAGGUUGCAGUUGUGCGGAAGAAAAGCAACGCUCAGGUUUACGCCCUGAAGAUAAUGAACAAGUGGGACCUUCUAAAAAGAUCAGAUGUUGCCUGCUUUAGAGAAGAGCGAGAAGUUCUGGUGAAUGGAGACAAGAGAUGGAUAACGCAGUUGCACUUUGCCUUUCAGGAUGAUAAUUAUCUUUACCUUGUGAUGGAUUAUUAUGUGGGAGGUGACCUUCUAUCCAUGCUCAGUAAGUUUCCAGAUGGGUUUCCUCUACACAUGGCAAUCUUCUACCUGGCUGAGAUGAUCAUGGCUGUUAAUUCUGUCCAUUCUCUGGGUUACAUACAUAGAGAUAUAAAGCCAGACAACAUGCUGUUAAACCGGUCAGGACAUAUCCACCUUGGUGAUUUUGGUUCUUGUUUGAAAUUGCGCCAAGAUGGCACGGUGUCCUGCUCUGUUGCUGUUGGAACUCCUGACUACCUAUCUCCAGAAAUUCUUCUUGCCCUUGAAGACCAUACCUUGUCUUACAGUGUUGAAUGUGAUUGGUGGUCUAUAGGGGCCUGUGCCUACGAGAUGUUCUUUGGACACCCUCCCUUUUAUGCAGAAUCUGUUGUGGAAACAUAUGGAAAGAUUCUUCACUAUAAAGAGCACUUUAACUUUCCCUCCUCAGUGAGUGACCUACCACCAGAGGUCUUAGAUUUCAUCUCAUCCCUAAUUUGUGACCGUGAAACCCGCCUGGGCGUUGGUGGACUCCAUGAUUUCCAAACCCAUCCACUCUUUGUUGAGAUCGACUGGGAAAGGUUGCGGGAAUGCACUCCACCUUUCGUUCCUGAGUCAACGGGAGCCACAGACACUUCCAAUUUUGAUAUCGUAGAAGAUAAGCUAUCAGAAAUGAUCAGUGGGGGCGGAGAAACCAUAUCGGAUGUUGGGGACAGCUCUCCUCUUGGAGUCAACCUUCCUUUUGUUGGCUACUCAUAUACAUUCAGGGAGAACGGCAGGGAUCAUGUUUGGGGAAACUUGAGAAACGCAUGUGCAUGUAAAUUGGGAUCACAUCCAGACCUUCAAAAAAUGAGCCAUGGGGAGAACUUGGAAUCACAUUUGGAUCCCUCCUUGUUAUCUGAGUUGCGCAAUGCUCUGCAGAGUGAGUCAGAGGCCAGGGAGGCUCUGUCUUCUGAAAUUAGCCUCCUUCAAGCAGCCAAUCAGAGCCUGGCCAGUCGCCUGUAUGAAGCUGACCAGUUGAACUCUGAACUCCAGAGCAAAAUCUGCUCAUUGGAGCAGCAACUAAAAGACAGAGAGAGAGGUGAAGAGGAAGGAGAAGAAAGAGAAAAACAUUUCCUACCCCGAAGAUGUGAAACCUGCAAACAGAAAUCUGAACCUACCUCUAGGAUUAGACAAAUAGCUGUAUACCUUCCUAUUGCCACCCCUUAGUGACACCAGUUCACCGUCACAUGCUGCUCUUCUCACGGGUACCUAAACCCAACUCUGGCUGGGUAGGAUAUCUCCUGCACCUGAGCAUGUGGUCCUUGAAGUGGAUGGUGCCUCCAGUCCUCUGAGUGACAUCUUUGAGAUACCAUUUUCAAAGACGUUAAUAACAGAGAGAAGGAGUAAAAAAAAAGUGACGUGUCAAAAACAUCUAAUGACCCUUAAUAGCACUGUGUCCAUGUUUACCAUGUGCCCCAGACAAUAGUGCCUGCUUGCUUGUCAGGCUGAACAAAUGGGUUACAAAAUUGUUGUUUUUUAUCACCUAUUGGCUGCUGACCUUACUAAAACCAAGCUUACCGUCCUAACUGUUUUCAAGAUGGUUGGGUUUUGGUUAUUGGAUUGUUUUUGGAGGCCAUGCUUCCCAUUAGCUAUUAGAUAGACUGAUACAAUUGGCAUUUGUGCAUUGUCGGACUGGGGGUUCCUUGGGCCCAUCAGAGGAGAUGAUUCUGAAUGACCGCUUUCAAUCCAUUUUAAUUGCAUCAUGAAUUUGUUACAUUUUUGAAUCAACCCCUAAGAACCCUUGUAGCAAAUGAUUGUCUCCAAAGUCAGCUCCAAAUGGGGUUGGACCCCUUUAAUUGUGCCAGAACCUGGGCCCACCAGAAAGAAAGUCCUCCAAUCCGACUCUGUAUUUGUGCCUACUAGAUUAAGGAACAAUAAAAUUUCUGCAAGUUCCUGCAGGGCAGCCCAGCUAAUUCUAUAGCCUAACUUCCCUGACAACUUUCACAUACAAAAAUGAGUAGUACGUACUUUUGCAGAAUCUGCUAAUAUCUUUUCUUUCAGCUCCCCUUUCGUCUCUGGGCUUUCUGCAGAUGCGGAUUCUGCAGUGGUUUCUUCCUGCUGUACAGGGGACUCCCUCUCUGUGCCACACAGACUUGUUCUAGGCUCGUCUCACACAUAAAACAGGAGACAUGAAAUGGCUACACCAUAGAUCAGUGAUGGCGAACCUUUUAGAGACCGAGUGCCCAAACUGCAACCUAAAACCCACUUAUUUAUUGCAAAGUGCCAACAUGGCAAAUUAACCUGAAUGCUACAGUCCAAUAUAGUAUAUCUUCCAUUUAGCUAUAAUAGCCUGCCUACAUUCAAUCCAGACCCCCCCCCCCCCCCAGGCAGGCCCCCUGUCCAACAUACAACAUAUACAUUUACUACACUUUUUUGACACUUGAUAUGCAUAUCAAAAGUGUUGAUAGCGAGGGUCCCAGCUCUGAAACCCCUGGUGAUCUCUAUAAAGAGCUGUCUGAAGCGCUCAGCAGAGUGCUGCUUCUCCUCACUGCUGGAUGAUGAAGAUGUCCCAUAGACUUUAUAUUGAGACUGUCUUCACUACAGCGGUAAGGAGAAGCACCGCUCUGCUGAGCGCUUCAGUGGGGGUCCCACCUCUGAGACCCCCGCUAAAGCCCACUGCCCACCACUGAGACAUCAAGGCCGCUUACCGUGCCAGGUGCCUCUGGGUGAAGAUCGCACACCACUGCAGGAGCCUCCCCCACCACAUCUAGAAAGCGGUGUGCCGAAUGCUCCGGCAGCCCGCUCAAAGCAACCAAUAACAAAGCUCCUUUUUGCAGGUCAUGCAUGCCCCCCUCUGGCAUGCGUGCCAUAGGUUCGCCACCACUGCCAUAGAUUAUGUCUCUUCAAAGUAAAAAAGCAUGGGUAAAAGGUGGGAGAACAUGGGUUAUGCGUUAUGUGUGGGCAGAGAGGGAGGUUUGGGGGAGGCAUUAUGCCUAAAACAAAGUCAGCUGGGAGUUGUAGUUCAUAGUAAUAGUCUUCUUCUAAUGAGAUUAUCCAUAAUCCUUAUCUGCAUGACGUGUGAUUUGUUUCACUGUCACAGUCUUAACACAAACGCACAGACACACAUAAGAAUACAUACACACAGACAGACCUCACAGGCAUUGUGAUAAUAGGUCUUAAAAAGCACAAUUUCUGAGUAAAGCAUCCUUUCCGACCAUCCGCCAUAUCUGGGAAUAAACCGUGCCCAUCUUAUGUCUUAAAAGUAGUAACACUCCCACGUUACCCACGGCAUCCUGCCCAAACUGGUCCUGCCCAAAAACGAAUAAAUGACCGUAGGGAUUGUCCCCAGUUCCCCACAUGCCUUAGGUGUGUGACAUUUUUGGGCAAUGUCAAUGUUCUUAUUUGCACUAGUUUUUAUAAAUCUAUAUCGAUUUAUGUAUGAUGAUCUAUUUAAAGGUGUACUCUACUCUCAUACAUUUAUGGCAUAUCCACAGGGAGCAUCCUGUAGCUAUACCAUAAAUUCUUCAGGUGGUAAUAACCUUUUAAAGAGAAUUUAAAAAAUCCUGUUAAAGGGGUUAUCCCAUGAUUUAUGUAAAAAAUUAAAAUCAGACAUCAUAUAGUACAUGAGAAUCUCUUUCUAACAAAGCUAUCACAACAGCCAUGGCCUUUUCGUACAUGCAUUUCUGAUUAGCUCUACAAUAUUGCAUCCCCUGCCCUAAUAUGUCUACAUCAUUUGACAGGAGCCUGAGAAAAUUGAGUAAAAAUUGCAGUGGGAGCUGUAAGACCUCCCUGAUGUAGACCAGACUCUUCUGUCGUAGAUUUUUGUUUUUUUAUAUCCUAUAAACCUAAGCUUUUUCUUUGAGAAAAGUUAGAUCCAAGGCAAAAAUUACUUUAUAAUACGAAGUGUGGUCCUUAGGGUACCGUCAUAAACACCUGUUUUGGCAAGUUAAGAGGAAAGGUGGUUCAGGUAGAGUAUCUUACCUAGGUUCUUUGUACCUACAAACUACUGUGCCUUAGAUACAGGGCAGCAAACCAAAUCUUGGUUUUGGUUGAGUAUUGAUCAGAUCCGGUGUUGUUGGCAAUAAGAUUUUUAGAAAUUCCAUUCACAAAUUUUGGUAUUUUUUUUUUUUUACCCACAGCACACCAUUUUUGGCUAGGUGUAUGAGCCCUCAGAGGGAUCUCCCAAGACAAAAAAGUCAGAUCAUAGAAAUUCAAAGGUGAGAAUCCAAAUUCUGAGACUCUCACAGGUCCAGUGAUGGAGUGUACUGUAUACACAUAUACAAAAAAAAAAAAAAUCAGUCAUUGCAGCAGGGGAGGUCAAUCUUCUACAGCAGGCACUAGAAUUGACAUCAGCUGGCCAAUAUCUGGAGUAGAGAGCAUCAUCUUUAAAAAUUGGCCCAUAUUUAUGACUUUAAAGGGUGUGUUCUCAUGGUCCAACCUUGGCAA